AUGGGGAUCAGAAAGGAGGGGGAGCAGCAGCAGCAGCAGCAGCAGCGGGCGACGGUGCCGGCGUUCGGCGAGUGGGACGACAUGAAGGCCGCCGGCGUGCUGCCGGACUACUCGCUCGACUUCUCCAAGAUCCGCGCCGUCCGGAUGCAGCAGCGCAAGGAGGGGCCCCUCACCUGGUCCAGCAACGCCGCCGGCGACGGCUGCGGCGGAGGCGCCGCGGGAGAGGUCGAGACAGCAGGGCGGCGCUCCUCGUCAGCUGCCGACGGCGACCGCGAUCGCCGCCGGCGGCACCACCGCCGUCGCAACAGCGACGGCGCCGACCUCCGCCGGCCGCUCCGAGCCGAUCGUGCAGCUCCCAAGGAGAGGAGCAAUCUGUUAAAGGGCCUGUUCUGUUGCAUUGCUGGGUGA